AUGGUAAAAGACGCAUCCGUUGCUCUCUCCCAGGCGGAGCGCUAUCCGGUGCGAUGGCACCGCUCAACCUUCUACAACAUGACCAUCCUCGGCCUCUGCAACCUCUCAGCACCUGGCAUCUGGACCGCAAUGAACUCGUUGGGCGCAGGAGGCGCCGCCUCACCGCAGCUGGUCAACGCCGCCAACGCUCUGACCUUCUGCCUCAUGGUUGUCUCCUGCUACUUCUCCAGCGUCAUCGUCCACUACGUCGGGAUCAAGGGCUCCCUCAUAUUCGGCACCAUCGGAUACGCCCCCUUCGCCGCCGGGCUGUACACCAACAACCGCUUCGGCACCGAGUGGCUGAUGCUCUUCGGAGCCGCCCUGUGCGGCAUCUCGGCCGGCGUCUUCUGGAUGGCCGAGGCCUCCAUCGCCAUCGCCUAUCCCGAGCCGUGGAACCGCGGCAAGGCGCUGGGGUACUGGCUGACGUACCGUCUGUGCGGCCAGAUCCUCGGCGGCGCCAUCAACCUCGGGCUCAACGCCGACAACAACAAGGCGGGCAAGGUGUCGUACACCGUGUUCAUCGUCUUCAUUGCGCUGCAGGCUGCCGGCCCGUUCGUUGCGUUUUUCUUGAACAAGCCGAAAGAUGUGGAGCGCGAGGACGGGGAGAAGGUCAAUCUGUCUAUUGUCGAGCAUCCGUGGUUCGAGAUCAAGGCGACUACGCGGACUUUCUUCACCCCCAAGUUCCUCCUCAUCGUUCUCUUUAUCGGCCAGGUGGUCUUCUCCGAAGCUGUGUUCUUCACGUACCUUGCCACGUGGUUCUCUGUUCGGUCCAGGGCACUGGGAUCCUUCUUGUCGGGCAUCGUUGCAGUCAUCUGCGGUAAUGGCCUUGGGCACUGGCUCGAUCGUUCCAAAGUGGCUCUGAAGACGCGCUCUCGAUCAACCUUCUGGAUCCUCGUGGUCCUCCAGGGUGCGUGGUGGACAUGGGCAACCGUGCUUGUGACGAGGUUCCAUCGCACGAAGCCUACGUAUGAUUGGGUCGACUCUGGAUUCGGUGCGGCAUUUGCUGUCUACAUAUUCCUCACCGUCGGCUUCCAGUUGAACUACCUGUUCUUGUACUUCAUCGUCACCAAUCUGGCCGAGGGCGAAGAAGAGGUCAUCAGAUACGCUGCCUUGUUGCGGGGAGUCGAGUCGGCAUGGCAGGCGGUAAGCUACGGGCUGACUUCUCUGACGCUGUUCGCCGAGGUUGGUGGAGUGUACUUCAAUUUUGCCCUGUGGGCCGUGUCUAUCUGGCCUGCCUGGCUUGUUCUGAAGCAGUUUGGAGUCACCAAAGCGGAGUACGAGAGUGAGUCUGGCAACUCGGAUGGUGUUGUGGCGGGUGAGACUGUCAGCACCGUCGACAUCAAGGGUGCCGCUACUUGA